AUGGAGUCUCAGCCACCCUUCAUCCGAGAGGAGAUCAACAGCACGGUAUGGGAAAUCCCGGAGAAGUACACGCGAUUGAAGCAGAUCGGGACAGGGGCGUACGGUUCCGUAUGGUGAGUCAGUGACAAUAUCGCUAUCCCAAACUGAUGGUUGUUGUUUUCAAGAAGGCCAUACAGAGAGAUAUAUCGGGUUUCUUCAGCUCUGUCAAUAAUGCAUCAAUUGCUUUUCGAGAUUGUUACAAUCUUACAAAGAAUGAAUCAAUCUCGGUCACUGCAUUUAUAUGAUGCUCCAAUACCAAUAUAUAGGCAACCUACUUAAAGAGUAACUCUCAAACCCAAUUUAAGCCUUUGCCCAACCCCUUAAAAAUGUCAAAAAAUGCAUUCAGGUGAGAAGUUGUGGGUGCGGGGAAUUGCUCAUAAAUAUUCAUUUUGGGGGUCGGUAAAUGUAGUUGUACCUGAUCCCAACACUUUCUCACUAAAGCAUACUUACAUAAGUGCACUGGCACACUGAUAAUAAAAUGAUUUGCAGCUCGACCAAAUACAGCUCUGGGGCCUCAUUUAUAACCGUUGCUUAAAUUUUACACUAAAUAUCUGCAUGGCCAUUUCUGAAAAGACUGCUCACGCACAAAAAUAUUGAGAUGUAUGAACUUGACGCACGCAUGUUUCCUGUUAGAAAUCAGACUUGUUGUAAAACUGCGUGAACAAGCAUUAUAACUCUGCCUGAAAAACGCCAUCAUUUACCUUUUAUGGUGACAAUAAUGUGCUUAUUUGCUGUAUACUGUAUACUGGAAGUAUUGGAAGUAGGCCAAGACAGUAUAUAAAGGAAGUAGCAAUGGCGAACUUGAUCAAAUGUCUUUGGAGGUGUUGGCAGAAUGUUUUCUUUUCAGUGACAUUUGCUGUAGCCAUCUGGCUGUUUCUGAAAGACAAAAACGAUUGCAAAUUGUUGUGUUUUGCAUUUACUUUUUCCCGAACCUAAAUAUGCUGCACUGUCCACAAAUUCUGAAACAUUGUCUGCUCCGAUUAUAUAUAUUUUUUACUACAGUAGGCCAUACUUACAGUGGUAGCCUACACACUUCAACGCAAAAGAUCAACUGUCUGUUCACCUGUUAAAUUCGACUGUAUGUUAUUAACCGUGCUCCCUUUCAGAGAGCAAGGAGAGCAAAAACUUUACAUUUAUAAUAGCCUAUCUAAUAGGCCUAAUUCAAUGAGAGAUGUGCAUGGUAAUUUGUUGGAAUUUAUAAGGAAAGUAUUCAGACCCCUUCCCUUUUUGCACAUUUUGUUACAUUAUAGCCUUAUUCACAGCGAAAACAGGUAAUUGUCCGUAGAGCUCGAGACAGUAUUGUGUCGCGGCACAGAUCUGGGGUUACCAAAAAAAUUCUGCAGCAUUGAAGAUCCUCAAGAACACAGUGGCCUCCAUCAUUCUUAAAUGGAAGAAGUUUGGAACCACCAAGACUCUUCCUAGAGCUGGCCGCCCGGCUAAACUGAGCAAUCUGGGGAGAAGGGCCUUGGUCAGGGAGGUGACCAAGAACCCGAUGGUAACUCUGACAGAGCUCCAGAGUUCCUCUGUGGAGAUGGGAGAACCUUCCAGAAGGACAACCAUCUCUGCAGCACUCCACCAAUCAGGCCUUUAUGGUAGAGUGGCCAGAUGGAAGCCACUCCUCAGUAAAAGGCGCGACAGCCCGUUUGGAGUUUGCCAAAAGCCACCUAAAGGACUCUCAGACCAUGAGAAACAAGAUUCAAUUAUUUGGCCUGAAUGCCAAGUAUCACGUCUGGAGGAAACCUGGCACCAUCCCUACAGUGAAGCAUGGUGGUGGCAGCAUCAUGCUGGGGGAUGUUUUUUAGUGGCAUGGACUGGGAGACUAGUCAGGAUCGAGGGAAAAAUGAACGGAGCAAAGUACAGAGAGAUCAUUGAUGAAAACCUUCUCCAGAGCGCUCAGGACCUCAGACUGGGGUGAAGGUUCACCUUCCAACAUGACAACGACCCUAAGCACAUAGCCAAGACAACACAGGAGUGGCUUCGGGUCUCUGAAUGUCCUUGAGUGGCCCAGCCAGAGCCCGGACUUGAACCCGAUCGAACAUCUCUGGAGAGACCUGAAAAUAGCUGUGCAGCAACGCUUCCCAUCCAACCUGACAUAGCUUGAGAGGAUCUGCAGAGAAUAAUGGGAGAAACUCCCCAAAUACAGGUGUGCCAAGCUUGUAGUGUUAUACCCAAGAAGACUUGAGGCUGUAAUCGCUGCCAAAGGUGCUUCAAUAAAGUACUGCGUAAAGGGUCUGAAUACUUAUGUAAAUGUGAUAAUUCAUUUGUUUUUGUUUUUUAAAUUUGCAAACAUUUCUAAAAACCUGUUUUUGCUUUGUCAUUAUGGGGUAUUGUGUGUAGAUUGAUGAGGGGAAAAACAAUUUAAUCAAUUUUAGAAUAAGACUGUAACGUAACAAAAUGUGGAAAAAGUCAAGGUCUGAAUACUUUCCGAAUGCACUGGAUAUGUAUUAUGUUUGAAAAAUGAAAUAUUGUCUAAUUAAGAUAUUUGACAUUACAGUAUUCAGACGUAGUCUACAAACGUCAAUGGAAAAGGUGAACCGUCUGUUCUACCGUUAAAGUGCGCUUCAGAUCGGAUCGCAUAGAGCAUAGAGCAAAAUACUUGAAAUAGCUUCUCUAUUUACUAGGUGACUGUGAAGUGGGUCCAGUUAAAUGAGAGAUGUGGGACUAGAAUUCGCAACCAUUGAGCUAUGAGCCAACUGUUUUAGCGGACUGCAGAUCCUCAAGAACACAGUGGCCUCCAUCAUUCUUAAAUGGAAGAAGUUUGGAACCACCAAGUCAAAGCAGUUGGGGAAAAAGUGUCAUCUACAGUAUUUCUUGUUACGAUUGAUGUAGCUACGAAUAUAAACGUAUAAUUAUCAUAGCCUACUUGUUUUUUUUCUUCGUAAAAGCACAUAGAUGUGUAUGUAACGGUAAGGAAAAAGUUAAAAUUUUAUCAUAUGCAGAAAUGUGCCUUACUGCCUUUUGAAUUUUGUGUAACGUCAGUAGUCUAGUCAAAGAAGCAUCAUGCAACAUAUAUUGGCACACUCCAGUUACCAAGACCAUUGCCAAAUAAGGUGCUCUGUCACCUGCUUUUAUAGUUGGCCUUGAGAUGGUACCAUCAAGCACAUUUAGGAGUGUAUUUCAUACCGAACCCCUCCCUUGAGAUAACGUAGAGGCAUCACGAUUUCAAUGGUAGAUCACUUUUGCAACAAACUGUCAAAAUGAAGGCCAGAUUUAUUGUAAAAAAUAAAAAUAAAAAUGACUCUUUAAAUGUGUUAGCUAAUUUUCAUAUAGCCAGUUAGGCUCCCUUGGGGGCUGUGCACACAGUGUUCAGGAUAUGGUGUAUAGUAGCAUGACUGGCUUUUCCUACGAUGACUUGUUGCAGAGCUUAAGUGAACAUGUUGAGGUACAAUAUAGAAUCUUUGUCUGAACAAAUGAAAGCAUGUGGUAUUCAUCUCAAUCUGUCACUUUGAUUCAGUAACCUUAUAACCUUAUUAUCUUUUAACUAACCUUCUCAUAAGGGAUGAAGCCACAUUUUUCUUGAGAUGUUUUGUUAUGCAAUAACAAUAUUUGUUCUGCCUCAGCUCAGUCAUAAAUGUAAAGACCAAUGAGAAAGUGGCCAUCAAGAAGCUUCACCGGCCCUUCCAGUCCGAGAUGUUUGCCAAGAGGGCCUAUCGGGAGCUUCGACUGCUCAAGCAAAUGAAACAUGAAAAUGUGAGUAUGUACACAUCCUGGCACUAUCGUUGUCUUUGAUCCCUCCAGACUCUUUGACUCACACAUCAUCCCACCCACGAUGUGUUGCUCUUCCCAGAUUUGAUGUCUUAGCCUGCACUGCAGCAAACUGACAUAGUUUCACAAUUUCAGUCUAAUAGCUACUGUAUAGCUGGCAUGAUGGGAGCCAUUUCUCUCCCUCCCUCUCGUGGGACCUAUUCCUCAACUUCUUAUUUUCUCCUGUGCAAACUCCCUCCAGGUGAUAGGGCUUCUGGAUGUGUUUACUCCUGCCGCUGGGCUCAAUGACUUCACAGAUUUGUGAGUAUUUACCGCAGUGAUAUCAGACACAGAAUCAUGCCUAUGGCAUUCAGAGGCGGAGGAUGUCUGGUGAUUUGGCGGGGGUCAUAUAGAUUUAAUGGCCUAUAGCAUCAACUCAACCCCUUGGAGCGAGUACUGAUUCCUAUUUAGAUAACACAACAAUAGGAUGGGAAUUCCUAGGACAAAUAUGAACAGGCACUAUAGGGUAACCUACAUCUUUCUCACUAUUCAGGACAGAGCCAACACAAACACACUAUAGGUCAGAUAACCCUGUGAGGCACUAUCUUCCCAAUUAGAAGAACCCUAAGGACUUCACAGACAUCCAUAUUGCCCACGCACUGAAAUUGACUCCUUGGCCUAUGAAUUUACCCCAACGUAAAGCAUCAUACUGAAAGUUGCAGUUAGAAAUGUAUUGUAUAGAGCUGACAUGAUUCCCUCUUAUACACCACAGAGAAGCAUCUGUUCUAAUACUAUAUUUCUGUCUGGACAUUCUCUAACAUUGGACCCCUCUGAACGUGACCCAGGUGUCAUUAUUCACAUUAUAGGUGAUGGGGCGUUAGAUUGAUGGAGUGAUGAUGUCUCUGUCCACAGCUACCUGGUGAUGCCUUACAUGUUCACAGACCUCUCCAAAGUCAAAGGGCUUCUCUCUGAAGACCGUGUGCAGUUCCUUGUCUAUCAGAUGCUAUGUGGACUAAGGGUGAGAUUGUUUGUGCACAAUGUGCAAUCAGACCAAAUAUAUAGUAUUUUGUAAUGUGAUUCUGUUUAUGUCAGAUGUUAUUUCAAUGUUAAUUAAAUGAUACUCUUAGUUAAUCAUCAUUGCUAUGCUUAAUCACGGCAAUUAACAAUAAUUAUGUCUUUGUUUUUCUGGCCUUCACAGUACAUUCACAAAGCUGGCAUCAUCCACAGGGUAAGUUUGCUGCUCCAUUGGAAACACCCAGCCGCAGCAUCUGAAACCAGCACUAUUUCUAUUGUGGCGCAUGAGAAUGUUAUUUAAAUCAGUUAUGGCUAACCCUGCCCUAACAGGUAGGAUGAGUAGGCUUCCCUCAGAUAUGCCUCUGUCUUCCUGCGUGUCUAGAAUUGUUAAGACACACCCUGCCCUAUGCUGUUGCUCUGUGGAACAACACCCAUGUGUGUACUAAUAUCAGUGUUAAUUUGUAAUGUGUGGUGAAUUGAAGGGGUUAGCUUGGCCAUUAACUAAAAUAAAAUGUGUAAAGCAAACCUGCAGCUUUCCUGAUCGCAAACAAUGUCAUAAAAAAAAAUACAGUAGGUCUGGCCUCAUCAAUAUUGUUUUGCCUUCAUCUAAACUCCUUACCAUUUUUUGUGGGAUUACAUUAUUGAUUAAGUUAAUGUGCUGAAUAUGAUCAUAAAGCUAGCAACAUAAUCUCAGCCAAGGGCCACACUGUUUAUUUUGCAGGACCUAAAGCCUGGUAACUUGGCUGUCAAUCAAGACUGUGAAUUAAAGGUUUGUAACAUGAAUAGAAAUUCAUUAGAUGUGGGGAAAAUCCCAGGAUUUUGUGUAAGAUUAUGCUUUGCUAUUGAUGCAGAUCCUGGACUUUGGUCUGGCUCGCCAUGCUGAGGCAGAGAUGACGGGCUAUGUUGUGACCCGCUGGUACCGGGCGCCUGAGGUCAUUCUAAACUGGAUGCACUACACCCAGACCGGCAAGACAAACAGCUGUUACAAACUCUCACCCUCAUUCAUUCCAAAGGCCUAUCUGCUCAACUUAUUGAGAGCCUGAAACGUUACAGUGCUGACAGGCUGUUACGUACAGCCUGAAACGUUACAGUGCUGACAGGCUGUUACAUACAGCCUGAAACAUUACAGUGCUGACAGGCUGUUACGUACAGCCUGAAACGUUACAGUGCUGACAGGCUGUUACGUACAGCCUGAAACGUUACAGUGCUGACAGGCUUUUACGUACAGCCUGAAACGUUACAUAGCUGAUAGGCUGUUACGUACAGCCUGAAACGUUACAGUGCUGACAGGCUUUUACGUACAGCCUGAAACGUUACAGUGCUGACAGGCUGUUACGUACAGCCUGAAACGUUACAGUGCUGACAGGCUGUUACGUACAGCCUGAAACGUUACAGUGCUGACAGGCUGUUACGUACAGCCUGAAACAUUACAGAGCCGACAGGCUGUUUGACAUUAAGCCUGAAACGUUACAGAGCUGACACCCUGUUACGUACAGCUGGAAACAUUACAGAGCUGGCAGAAUGUUUUACCUACAGCCUGAAAUGUUGCAGAGCUGACAGGUUGUUACUGAGCUGACACAAGUCAACUUUCAUUUCAUUCGUGCAAUAUGUUUUUAUGCAACAGUAUGUACUUUGUUACUUAGUAGAGGGUAUUACAAGUAGUCACACCUCAGUCACUAUUGAGGAAUAAGGCCUCUGUGUAAUAUAAGGUUCUGUAUGUGCUCUUCUACAAUGAUUUGUUACAUUGUGAGUGACAGUUGUAUGUUCACAAUGAGUGCUGUGUUGUCAGUGUUAUCGGUUAGUACGAGUGGUCUGGCCUUGGAGUCUAGUUGUCUCCAUAAUACUACUACACUCAAUUCUGUACACAGGGUUGUUUUGAGAAUACACUCCAUUGAGCAAACAGCAUAGCAUUGUUUUGGUGUGAAUUUGUUUUCUAUUUGUCAAUAAUUGAUUGGUUAUAUCUGUUCCUCCAUUCUAGUGGACAUCUGGUCUGUGGGCUGUAUCAUGGGAGAGAUGAUCAAUGGGAAGACCCUUUUCAAAGGGAAAGACUGUAUCCUUUUACCCUCUACUUAUGCUCUUUUCUUAUCUGUAUAAUGUUUGUACCACAUACUCUGUGACCUGACACAAGCCAGCCAUUUAUUAAUGAUGGAAAAUCAAAGCAUGACAAACCCAUAGAUUAUGAUUAGUAGGGCGGGAAUUGCGUAGGACCUCACAAUACGAUAUUAUCACGAAAUGUAGGUGGCGAUAUGAAAUGUAUUGCGAUUCUCAAGAUUCUAUACGUAUUGCGAUCUGAUUUGGCAAUUUUGUUUGCGAUUUGAUGUUCCAAACAUAUUCCUCACUAUAUGUCUGCUGCAGAGACAAGAGCAUGAGAAAAUGAGUUUUUAUCAGUCAUGAAAAUAAAAGUGCUGAAAACAUGUUGGCUCACUAUUUAAAAAGAAGAUGGAGAACAAGCUUUAGGAUGAAAAAUACCAGAGUUUUGUGCAGGUACAGCUGACUAGCGCUAGAUAACACUACCUAGCAACAACAUUAUUAUUAUGAUUUAUAUUUUUACAAAUCGAUACUUGGGAGUCAAUGUAUCAUUAUAAUAUAGUAAUAUUGCGAUUAUGUAAUUGUAUCAUUAAUGAUUAGCCUCAUCCCAUACUGUAUGUGUAGCCAACACUUCUAUCGGUCUUCUUUUUUAAGUAAUAUUGUUAAUCUUUCAUUUUUAAUUAGAUUUUUUAUGCCAAAUACAAACAUACACAUACGAACAACAACUUACAAACUACAUCUCCUCUGCCCAGACCCGCAUGCUCACACCCCCAUCAUUUUAUGGUAUCUAUGCCUUUAGGUUUCCAUGUGGAUCAAUUUAUCAGUAAAUUCUGAAAAGCUAUCCAAGGAUUGGUCCAUAAGGUUGUUUUUAGGGAGUGAUAUUGGUUCUUGUAGAAUACGUGUAAUUUUCUUCCAUAUUGUUAUAGUGUUCUUAACUAUGAAGUUGUUAAUGUUCUUAGCUUUAUCCUUUGAAAAUAGACACGUAAAAAUAUUCUGGUGAUGAGCAUGCGCAUCUUCAAUUUGUUCCUCUUUAGUGCAUUUAACUAUAUGUCGCAGGUUAAAGCCUUGGGUGGCGAGUUGAUACAAUUCCAUGUCUGGAAGGUUAAAACCACCCUCCGAUUUAGGAAGAUGUAAAACUUUCCUUUUUAUUAUAUUAAUUUUAUCAAAGUCUGUUAUGAACGAGUAUACUUUUUUUAAAAGAAUGUCUUCGGUGGGGUAAUUGCUAUAACCGAAAAUAAAUACUAAAACUUUGGGAGCGAUCAUGCCAUUCUAAAGAGGUUUAGUCAGCCUGUAAGAUUUAUAGGACGAUAAUUCAAUUUAAUUAGAUCUGCUUUCAUAUUGUUGAGUAUUGGAAUACAUGUAUUUAUAUUUUUUGUGGUCCACUUAAAGGAUUGCUGUAGAUCGUGAGUUAUUAUUAAAUUUUUCCUAUAGCCAUUAUUACAUAUUUUUCCAUGUUAAUUUUAUAUCCUGAGAUUUCUGAAUAUUGGUAUAUAAUUUUAUAUACCAAUAUACCGAAUGAUGGAGGUAUGGAGGCCCUCAAAUUCUUCCUCUCCAACCACUUAAGCAAUGUGCCUACAAAUUAUAUCAAUGAGCUUGCACAACUAGUGCUUGCUAAAAAUACUUUUUUAUUUGAUAAAUAUUACUAUCUACAGACUUUUGGAACAGCAAUGUGUCACGAUCGUCGUAAAGGAGAGUAGACCAAGGCACAGCGGUGAAUGAACGACUUUAACUAAAUCACUAAUAUAAACAAACACAACGGCCACGGUUACACACCGCAAGGAACACCCCAUACCAAGGUGAACACAGUUUAAAUACUGGCUCCCAAUCAGGAACACGACCGACAGCGACACUCGUACCUCGUUGGGAGUCACCAAUCAAACAUAACAUCGACAACCUGACCCCAACAUACAACUAACAUGACACACCCUGGCUCAUAAUAUCCCAAGCUACAGUACCCCCCCAAACAGAACCGCGCCUCAAACCCCAAGGGAGGGCUGCGGCACCUCCCGGUGGCUUCUGCCCGGCCUUGACCACCACCCUCCGAUACACCCCCCAAAGUACCCCUGGUCCUGUCUAGCCCCGCUGGCCGGACCGCCGAAGAGAGCCGAGCCAAUGACGACCGACUACGAACCCAUUUUCUUAGAUGUGACUUGGUGUCGUGGAGACAGGAAGGACGGAAUGGGCUGGUCGCGCGAAAACCUGGUGGUGCGGAGGCAGGAACAGCCGGACGGGCUGACGACCGCCCCGUAGGUUUGGUGGUGGAAGAACGAGGCCGGACCGGUGGCGACGGCACUUCAUAGCACCCUGCGUCGCCUGCUGGUGCGAGGAAGAGGAACGUGCUGGUCGGCAGUUGGUGGCACACCUGUUUGGUGGCGGUGGCGGGAACAGGCCGGACCGUGGCGCGAAAGACGCACACCUGAGGGAUCAGGUGGGCGAGUGGAGACCUGAUACCUGGUCGGUUACUUUGGGGCGCCGCCCACCGUAAAAUGUUCGUCUGGUGGCAUGAUACUUACUGAUCCUAAUUCGAGGCCUAACAUUUUUUUUCUACGGCGCUCCCGUAUUUGUCACCGUGUGGCACAUUGAAAGGAGAGAACCGGCCAGCUUUACGACAAUUCUUAACGACUUGGUCAGAAUGACCUGAAAUCAUCUAACCUCUGUGGGGUCCACAACUGUGCACCACUAGCGACAGUGAAAUGCAGGAGGGUGUACAGACCAGUGUCUAGUGCAUGUAGAGCAGGCCAACGACUUUACCCUCAGACUGAAUAGAGAACAAAUCAAGCCUCGAAAACAUGCAGGAGGCAAAACGAUAGCAACACAGUGCGUAAAAAUACUCGUUCCACAAUAAGAACGUACAAGAGGACACCAAGGCGGACAGGCCGGUACAAAUCCACACCAACCUGCAAACUAAAAAACUAAAGGAAACUUAUAGGUGACCUAAUCAAAUACAUAAACCAUGAAAAACAGGUGCACUAACAAGACAAGACCAAAACAAACAUCGGGACAAUCAAUCAAGCGGGGUAUGUAGCCAGUACGGCCGGGGACGACAAACCCGAAGCCUUGCCCGAACAAGGAGGAGGAGCAGUCUCGGCGGAAUUCGUGACACAAUGCGAACUCCAUUAGCUCCCAACUCUGCAAAUCCCUUUAUGGGGAAAUUCGAAUUUUGAUUUUUAUUUAUGAAAAUUAUCCUUACAAAAAUCAUGUUAAAUACACAAAGAUGAUUGCUUUAUGUUCUGGACGGGUUCCGAAAUUAAAUUAAAUUAAUUUCUUAGCUACAUUAACUCUAGAGUACAAUCAAUUUCCUUCACUAUGAAAAAUAAGAUUAACUUUAUACAUUUCUUAGAUGUACUUGUUACAAAGAAGGGACAAUCUCUAAGUACUAAAGUUUACAGAAAACCUACAGAAAAAAAUACUAUAUUGACAGCUAAUAGUUAUCACCCUCGCCCAUUAAAAAGAGGUUUACCACUAAGCCAACUUCAUAGACUGCGUCGCAUCUGUGACAUAGAGGAAGAAUAUGAUAGACAAUCAAAUUCUCUCCUUGAGCAUUUUCGCUUGAGAGGAUACACCGAUACCUGGCCAGUUACUUAAUAAAUCCCAACAAAACAGAAGAAACAGUUUCUGUAAACUAUAUACUUACUUUCAAUGAUAGCCGUAAUGGCAUUAAGUCUAUUGUCAAUAAACAUCAUUGGCACAUAUUAUCAUCAGACUCCUCUUUAAAUUCUGCUUUCCAGAAUCCACCUUUAUUCACCUAUAAACGAUCAAGAAAUCUAUCAAACAUAUUGGUUAAAUCAGAUGUGUUCAGAGAGAGAAAAGAGGCAUUCAUAAAAGGACACUUCCCCUGUAGAUCUUGUACCUCUUGUAGCACCAUAAGGAAAUGGUCUAACUUUGUAUGCCCUCAGACUUCUAGGACCUAUGAGAUAAUGUCAUGUAUAACUUGCACUACUAAAGGAUAACUUGCACUACUGAAGGAGUUAUUUACAGUGCCUUGCAAAAGUAUUCAUCUUCCUUGGUGUUUUUUCUAUUUUGUUGCAUUACAACCUGUAAUUUAAAUGGAUUUUUAUUUGGAUUUAAUGUAAUGGACAUACACAAAAUAUUCCAUAUUGGUCAAGUGAAAUGAAGAAAAUUCUAAAAAAUAAAUAACGGAAAAGUGGUGCAUGCAUAUGUAUUCACCCCCUUUGCUAUGAAGCCCCUAAAUAAGAUCUGGUGCAACCAAUUACCUUCAGAAGUUGCAUAAUUAGUUAAAUAAAGUCCACCUGUGUGCAAUCUAAGUGUCACAUGAUCUGUCACAUGAUCUCAGCAUAUGUACACCUGUUCUGAAAGGCCCCAGAGUCUGCAACACCACUAAGCAAGGGGUACCACCAAGCAUGCGGCACCAUGAAGACCAAGGAGCUCUCCAAACAGGUCAGGGACAAAGUUGUGGAGAAGUACAGAUCAGGGUUGGGUUAUAAAAAAAUAUCAGGAACUUUGAACAUCCCAUGGAGCACCAUUAAAUCCAUUAUAAAAAAAUGGAAAGAAUAUGGCACCACAACAAACCUGCCAAGAGAGGGCCUCCCACCAAAACUCACAGACCAGGCAUUAAUCAGAGGCAACAAAGAGACCAAAGAUAACCCUGAUUGGAGUAUAUGUCCAUAGGACCACUUUAAGGCGUAUACUCCACAGAGCUGGGCUUUACGGAAGAGUGGCCAGAAAAAAGCCAUUGCUUAAUGAAAAAAAUAAGCAAACACAUUUGGUGUUCGUCAAAAUGGAUGUGGGAGAUGAGACUGUACUCUGGUCAGAUGAGACAAAAACGCUAUGUCUGGCGCAAACCCAACACCUCUCAUCAUCCCGAGAACACCAUGUUUUUCAUCGGCAGGGAGGGGGAAACUGGUCAGAAUUUAAGGAAUGAUGGCUGGCGCUAAAUACAGGGAAAUUCUUGAGGGAAACCUGUUUGUCUUCCAGAGAUUUGAGACUGGGAUGGAGGUUCACCUUCCAGCAGGACAAUGACCCUAAGCAUACUGCUAAAGCAACACUCGAGUGGUUUAAGGGGAAACCUUUACAUUUCUUGGAAUGGCCUAGUCAAAGCCCAGACCUUAAUCCAAUUGAGAAUCUCUGGUAUGACUUAAAGAUUGCUGUACACCAGCAGAACCCAUCCAACUUGAAGGAUCUGGAGCAGUUUUGCCUUGAAGAAUGGGCAAAAAUCCCAGUGGCUAGAUGUGCCAAGCUUAUAGAGACAUACCCCAAGAGACUUGCAGCUGUAAUUGCUGCAAAAGGUGGCUCUACAAAGUAUUGACUUUGGGGGGGUGAAUAGUUAUGCACGCUCAAGAUUUCAGUUUUUUUGUCUUAUUUCUUGUUUGUUUCACCCCCAAAAAUAUUUUGCAUCUUCAAAGUGGUAGGCAUGUUGCGUAAUUCAAAUGAUACAAACCCCCAAAAAAUCAAUUUUAAUUGCAGGGGGGUGAAUACUUUCGCAAGCCACUGUAUAUGUUACAGUUGUCUUAUAUUGGAAAAUCAUGCCGCGCCUUGAAAGUACGUCUUGGAGAACAUGAAUCCACUAUUUUAUCGUCAAGAUAUCACCUUUCCAGUUGCCAGACACUUUACAGAACAAAAUCAUUCUAUUAAUGAAUUGCAUUGCGUAGAGAUUGAAAAAAAGUUAAUCUACCACAUAGAGGAGGUGACUGACAACAAAUUACUCCAAAGAGAAGCCAUGUGGAUACAUGUAUAUAAAUUACAUUCUGUAUCUCCACAUAGUUUAAACGAAGAAUUAGAUUUCACCUCCUUCCUAUAAACCACAUUUAAACUGUUAUACAAGAACACUGUCCAUAUCAGAUUUGGCAUAUCCUUUAUGAGUUGGCCCCACAUAUUUAUGAACGGCUUUGCCUGAUGUCCUUUGUGGUGGGCUAUCUCAUGGAUUGAAGUGAUGUUUUUAGGUGAGCGGACACCUGGGGCGAUUGUUUUGUGAGUUGCCCUUCGUGCCCGCUCCCAUACCCUAUAAUUCUGUAUCUCUUUGUGACUAAUUUGUAUACCUGCUGCUCAUCUGUUCUUUACAAAUGCUGUUUUGAAUUAAAGAAAAUUCAACAUACACACUGAAGAAGGUUGUAACGCCGAAACAUCUGUGUACGCUAUCCCUGAUGCAGUAAAAUAAAUAAAAACAUUGAAUAAUGAAGUGAGCUUUAUGCGACAUGUUUUUGAGUGCGAACCCAUUACACCUCUUUGUUUGUCUGAAUUCGUGGGUUUUAUGCACCAGCCAAGCUUCUGGGAGAGCGCGAUGGUUCUCUUUUGACCUUGACUUUAACCCUUGACUCGCAGACAUGGAUCAGCUGACUCAGAUCAUGAAAGUAACAGGAGUACCCGGACCUGACUUCAUUCAGAAGCUGGACAGUCAAGAGGUAGAGUUGGCACCUAGGCAACACUGGAUAGUAUACUUAAUAUUUUGAAUUGUAUAUUGUUUUGUCAGUUGUGCAUAAUUCCCCAUGUUUUGAUUUUGAAUAUGCACCAUAAACUCCUCAGUCAGGGUCCAUGACCAAGUUAUUAUUAUUUUUCUCUCUCUUGUUACUGUCAUCUGAUAGGCGAAAAGCUAUGUGCGGUCCCUCCCUCACUUUCCCCGAAAAAACUUCUCGAAGUUGUUCCCCAGAGCCAGUGCACAGGGUGAGUUUAAAUGCUAUUGAUUUGACGAUGCUAAGCACAUACAUUAGUUAUUAUUACACAUAAGAAAUGCUGUGAUUGAGACUUAAAUGUACAAUUUUGUAUAUUCGUCAUAAAUUCAGUAUCCGUAUACAUGAGUUUGAUUGCUAUACGGCCACACAGAGAUGUUGUUGGAAAAUUACAGUUGGAGCUAAUGGUUUUCCAAUGGGAGACAUCUGUUGACAGAUGGCCAACUGAUAUGAUUGCACAAUAUGUCCGGCUUUGUACGGAUGCAACUCGUACAUGAAACGUUUUGAUUCGUUGAACUAUCGACAGACAAAAAUUGACAAUUGAUGAAUGCGAAUGCGUUUUCAUACAUUUUUCAUAUAAACUCAGCAAAAAAAGAAACGUCUUCUCACUGUCAACUGCGUUUAUUUUCAGCAAACUUAACAUGUGUAAAUAUUUGUAUGAACAUAACAAGAUUCAACAACUGAGACAUAAACUGAACAAGUUCCACAGACAUGUGACUAACAGAAAUGGAAUAAUGUGUCCCUGAACAAAGGGGGGGUCAAAAUCAAAAGUAACAGUCAGUAUCUGGUGUGGCCACCAGCUGCAUUAAGUACUGCAGUGCAUCUCCUCCUCAUGGACUGCACCAGAUUUGCCAGUUCUUGCUGUGAGAUGUUACCCCACUCUUCCACCAAGGCACAUGCAAGUUCCCUGACAUUUCUGGGGGGAAUGGCCCUAGCCCUCACCCUCUGAUCCAAAUGGUCCCAGAUGUGCUCAAUGGGAUUGAGAUCCGGGCUCUUCGCUGGCCAUGGCAGAACACUGACAUUCCUGUCUUGCAGGAAAUCACGCACAGAACGAGCAGUAUGGCUGGUGGCAUUGUCAUGCUGGAGGGUCAUGUCAGGAUGAGCCUGCAGGAAGGGUACCAUAUGAGGGAGGAGGAUGUCUUCCCUGUAACGCAAAACGUUGAGAUUGCCUGCAAUGACAACAAGAUCAGUCCGAUGAUGCUGUGACACACCGCCCCAGACCAUGACGGACCUCCACCUCCAAAUCGAUCCCGCUCCAGAGUACAGGCCUCGGUGUAACGCUCAUUCCUUCGACGAUAAACGCGAAUCCGACCAUCACCCCUGGUGAGACAAAACCGCGACUCGUCAGUGAAGAGCACUUUUUGCCAGUCCUGUCUGGUCCAGCGACGGUGGGUUUGUGCCCAUAGGCGACGUUGUUGCCGGUGAUGUCUGGUGAGGACCUGCCUUACAACAGGCCUACAAGCCCUCAGUCCAGCCUCUCUCAGCCUAUUGCGGACAGUCUGAGCACUGAUGGAGGGAUUGUUCAUUCCUGGUGUAACUCGGGCAGUUGUUGUUGCUAUCCUGUACCUGUCCCGCAGGUGUGAUGUUCGGAUGUACCGAUCCUGUGCAGGUGUUGUUACACGUGGUCUGCCACUGCGAGGACGAUCAGCUGUCCAUCCUGUCUCCCUGUAGUGCUGUCUUAGGCGUCUCAUGCAAUUUAUUGCCCUGGCCAUUUCUGCAGUCCUCAUGCCUCCUUGCAGCAUGCCUAAGGCACGUUCACGCAGAUGAGCAGGGACCCUGGGCAUCUUUCUUUUGGUGUUUUUCAGAGUCAGUAGAAAGGCCUCUUUAGUGUCCUAAGUUUUCAUAACUGUGACCUUAAUUGUCCUACCGUCUGUAAGCUGUUAGUGUCUUAACGACCGUUCCACAGGUGCAUGUUCAUUAAUGUUUAUGGUUCAUUGAACAAGCAUGGGAAAGAGUGUUUAAACCCUUUACAAUUAAGAUCUGUGAAGUUAUUUGGAUUUUUACGAAUUAUCUUUGAAAGACAGGGUCCUGAGUUUACGUCUCUGUGUGGUAAAUAAGUUCUCCAAACUGUUGCAUGUUUCUGGCUUUCAUUCUCUAUUCAACUGCUCUCACAGCUAUUGACCUUCUUGAGAAGAUGCUGGUUCUGGAUGGUGAAACUCGGCCCACUGCUGAGAGUGCUCUGGCACACCCGUAUUUUGAUGGCUUGAGAGACCCAGAGGACAGUCCUGAGUCCCAGCCAUAUGAUGACAGUCAUGACAAUGCCACGCUGCCUCUGGAGGACUGGAGGCGUAAGUGCAAAGUCUCAGUGUUUUGUAAUCUUUCUUGUAGAUGUUGAAUUUGAUCAGGUUUUGUAUUCAGAUUUCAGAUGUAUAUUUAUCACUUUUAUGUCCAUGUCACACUGUAACAUAAUGUGAUUAAUUAUAAAGCUAUUCUGGUUGUUUACCUGCAAACCUUUUUAGUAAUAUUGUGUAGAUAUUUAUUGUCUUUCCCUUUACCUCCUAGGGUUAUCAUUCAAAGAGGUGAAGAGCUUUGUGCCAUUUCCACGACGGGACUCCAAGAGGCGAAACACACUGACAAUAUCUCCAUGA